CUGGAAUUAUAUAAAUAAAAACCAUUAAAAGAAUGCAUAACAAUAAAUAAAAUAUUCUAAAAAGCAGUAAUAAAAGAUGUCCAUAGCCAGAGACGGCGCACUUUAGCACCAAUUGUUGCCCGAAAGCCGAACGUUAAAACCGCCCUCUGUGUCUCUCAUAUAAACUUCGUUCCCGGCGAUUUUUUACAACUACAACAAACCCAGAAAACCAAAAGGGGAAAUCAAUCAGGAAACCCUUAAUUUUCUCUCUUCUUCAGCGAGCGAACCAGAGAGAAAGAGAGCUGAAGGGUACUUUGCGGUUGCGUCGAUGGCGAUGGGCCCGGAAAGAUCAAAGCCGCUCCACAAUUUCACGCUUCCCUGUGAAUUGAAGUGGGGGAACCGGAAGUUCCUGAGAUGCGUUAAGCUGGAUUCCAACGGCGAAAUGUCCGACGUUCACCGGAGGCCUAAUGGGCUGUCGGAUCCCCCCACCGGGAGGAAGCGGGUCGCUCCAUCUUCCGGCAGGUCCCACGAACGGCUCAAGAAGGAGGCGGUCGGGAGUAGCCGGAGAUUCGAGUCAGACGCCGACGACGGGAUCGCCUCUGUGAGGGAGAAGUUAAUGUUCGAUCUCCAGACGGCGGCGGAUAAGAUGAAAGACGCGAUUUUGCGGGAGGGGUUGAAGGAAGAGCUGCACCGGACGGCGGCGGAGGAAGCGGAAGAGGAACUGUCUCCGGCGUUGGCUCCGCCUGAAUCCGCCCCCGCUGACCCGAAUAAGCCGUGGAGCUUGAGGACUCGCCGGACAACCGUCGGAUCCACCCAGAGCUUGAAUAUCUCCCCAUUGAGAGCCGAAAACAAAUCUCCGACACUGCAAAACGUCCAACCCGUAGUCGUCGGCCAGCAGCGUGAGAAAGCGAAGCUAUCUGUUCCUCUCGCCCGGCGAGAGAUCGAAGAAGAUUUCAUGGCUAUAGUUGGUCACAGACCCGCCCGCCGCCCGAGGAAAAGAUCUAAACUGGUCCAGAAAAAUUUAGAUACUCUCUUUCCGGGAUUGUGGUUGUCAGAAAUUACAGUUGACUUAUACAAAGUUCCGGAUGAUCAAUAGAACAACAUAUGAACAGGUAAAAGUUGUUCUUGAUCAAAUUCUUAAGCCAUUUAUGCCUGUUUCUCUGGCAAUGCAAACUGGUUAUUUCUGCGGUUUUUCAUUUAAUUGGGCUGAAUUUUUUUAUUCUUUUGCCUGGAUUGUGCAGGUGUGGGUGGUUGAUUUGCUGACAAGCAAAGCUAAAAUUGUAACAAGCAACUAAAAUAGUGAGAUACUGCACAACUUUUUCUCUCUGAUCUUUGAUUAAAGUGUUUAGUUUCUUCCUGCUGUUAGUCUGUUACAACAAAGCAUAUUCUUGCUUUUUAUUAAAAAAUGCUAGUAUUCGUUUAUUUUAGUUCUUCAUUAUUCUUUCCUUACCUUUCUUUCUGUGAUCACUGAAAUAAACUAAUGUAAUCCGAAAGCUUGGUGAAUAUGAAGUAUUAUUUGGUAUCUUAAUGAUAAGUAUCAAUGACUUGUGCAUAGUUUUCAUCCUUCCACAUGCAUUGUUGCUCUUCCUUGUGAACUUGUUCUCUUAUAGUUCCAAUGUUUAACGUUCUGGCAGCAAUGAGUUAUUUGUGCAUCUAGUUUAUUCAUCAUCAAUCAGAACUUUAAUGACAUGUAAUUUAUAUAUACUGCCAAUUAAUUGUAAAGAAGUAACUAACUUUACUGUUCCAUGCAAAAAGGGCCAAUGAGAUUCUGUUUAUUGACAAAAGAGGUAAUCUGCUUUGUUACUCCUAAUUAGGACAUGUCAAGAUGGACAUGUUUAAUUGAAUUUAUUUCCUUGCAUGAUCAGACUAGUCUAGACCGGGAUUGUAUAGACCGGACUAGAACAACUUAAAUAGAUCAAAUCAGAGAGUAAUAAAAUACACAUAAUACCAGACUACACUUUACACUACUUACCAAAUCAGAUUUAAACAUGCCAGUUCGACCCAGCCCAUGAAUUUUAGUCUAAAGAUUGGGUUGUGAUUGUGAUCUGGUGUUACAAAAGGCAAUUCUCGAGAUUGUUGUAUAAACUUUUGCUGUAUCUUUGUCCCACAUAGGCUCUUUCUUCCCCUUCCAUCCUUUCUUGGGAUUAGGUGGAAGUAGUAAGAAACAUUAUUAUUACACUUUUAACUUUGGUGUUUCUUUUGGCUAAAAGACAAUUCAUGUUUUGCCUCAUUUCCCAACCUGAGUUUGUAGCAUUAAAUCUGCUUGGGGUGGCAUAUGAGAAUGGAUCCUCUAUGCUUUGUAGAUAGUAUAUAUUAUUACAAUGUGUUAUCACUACAAGGAGGGUUGAGAUCAACUCAGAUUUCAAUGGGUCCCACAGUCAAGUUAUCUUGGCCCUUCAAGCAAAAAAGUUUGUACUUACUGGGGAGGAUAUAUUCUAUGAUCCACAUGGAAGAUUGGAAGGAGCUAUUGUUUCAAAUUUCAAUACUGAAUUGAAGUAUUGUUGGAAUUUGAUUUGAAUUCAUCAUUUUGUGGGUGUAAUGAACUAAUGAGCAAUCAUGAGAUGAAACAGAAGUGUGUUGCUGGAAAGCCAUGGUGAGCUUUUUUUAUGAUCAAAACUCAAAAGGACAAAAUUAACAUAUUAAGAUUUGAGUAAAAGGCCAUCAUCAUUUAUAUUAUUACCUUUUGCUCAAGUCAGUUAAAUAACUGCCAUCUUUAAUUGAACACAACAACACAUGUGUUUGACUCUUGGUACCUCUGUAUAUUCCAAUGUGGACAUCAAGGAGAAAGAAAAGGCGGGUGUUGAAGCAGGUGGGGAAAUUAUUCCUAUUGUGUUUGACUGUUGACCAGAUUGUGUCUUUGCUUCUAAAGUAAAUUUGGACCAUGAGGAUUUUAUGUAGUAUUUCUGUCUCUUCCAAAGUGAAAGUACCAGAUUGAAUUUUACACACCAAAUUUAUUAUGUUUAACUACUCCGUAUUUUUAACAAAUGUUGUUAUUCUAUAUUAUUUACGUACUUUUAACCAAAUUUUUGUUCAUAUUCUUGCCAUAUUUGAUUUUUGGGAUUUUUAUUAAUUUAAACUUAAGUAUGUAUAAAUGGUUCAUUAUGGAUAAUGAAUAUCAUGGAAGCAAAACAGUAAUAUUAGGUUUUUGAAUUUAGAAUAGUGUAUAAUAAUAACAACCGAAUAUUGCAAACAUAAUACUCGUACUCCGUAUAAAUAAAUAAAUAAAUAAAUAAAUAAAUAAAUAAAUAAAUAAAUAAAUAAAUAAAUAAAUAAAUAAAUAAAUAAAUAAACAAAUAAAUAAAUAAAUAAAUAAAUAAAUAAAUAAAUAAAUAAAUAAAUCAAUAAAUAAAUAACUAAAUAAAUAAAUAAAUAAAUAAAAAGUGUUUUCAGCUUUUAACCGUUGAAAAGUUGAAAAAAGUGUUUUUGACAUAAGUUAUGUUUAAAUUAAGCACUGUAAAAUCAAAACUUGCAAGUAGAUGAUAUGUGCUUUAAUGUUUUUUUUUUACCUCUUUUAUAUGUCUAAAUUCUAAAAUAAACAACUAAAAAAUAGAAAUGAACAUAAACACUCCUUUAAACCGCAUGGGUCUCACAGCAUUGAAUAAUGUGUUUAGCUUGUGUUGUCGUCUUAGGGAGUGUUUGCAACAGUUAAAAAAAAACUUCUCAGCUUUUGAUUUAAAAAACACUUAUUUACCAAAAACUACCAAUUUUUACUUUUUCUCAACUUGCGUGUGAAAAGUGUUUUUCCCUUUUUCUAUUACACAAAAAGCACUUAUUUUAUCAAACACUGCCAACUUUUAUUUUUCAAAAUCACUUUUUUCUCAAACACUAUCAACUUUUACUACUAAUCAUUUUUUCCUUACAUCUCCAAAAGUGUUUUUUUAAGCAGAAUCAGUUGCAAACACUCCCUUAAUCUAUUACCAAUUGUGUUGCAAUCACGUCAUGGGGAGUGUUUAGCUUAAAAAUGUGUGUUUCAACUUUUGGUUUUAAAAAAAUUGAAAUUCAAAUGACUAUUUAAAGCAUCUUAAAAGCACUUCAGAGCAUUUUUUAAGUGCUUAAAUAAGUGUUCUUUGAUUUUCCGCUUAAAUAAAGCACUUAAAAGUAGGGAUGGAUUGAGACCAGGCCGACACUGAGCGGGACCAAAAAUUUCAGGCCUGGUACCAGCUCCGGUUUGUAUCGCGGCCUGGUCUAAACAGUACCGGAUCGUGACCGGACUGGAACGGGCUUCGACAAUAAAUUGAAAAAUAGUGCAAUCAGGCUCGGGCCCCGGCCGGGUCGGUCCUAAAAAUGAGCCCAAAGCCCACCCUUAUAGCCACCGGGCCGGGCUCCGAUCCUAAAGAGGAGCGGGCUGGGUCGGGUCUGGGGCGGGCCAGUCAAUCCCUACUUAAAAGCAUCUUUCUUCAUAUUAUUUCUUAAUUUCCUAUGUGAUGCUAUUUUCUCGUUGAUUGUUUUUACCUCUAGUAAUAGGUAUGACACCACUCCUAAGGACGGCAAAAGCAAUAAGUAGUAUUUCGAUGUAGCCCUACUAUUUUGUAAGUUGCACUCUUUUUAUUAUCCAUAUGUAAGUAGACGAAGUAUUUUUUCAUCAUUUGCAAUGAAGUCAAAUAUUAAGUAUUUUUUGGCUUGGAAAUACGAUGAAAUAAAGCAAAAUGGCUCACUAAAUUGUUUGCGCUUCUUUUUCAUGCAAUUUUCGACGCGAUUUUCACCAUGGGUCAUUCGAAAAAACAGUAUCUUUGUGCUUUAGUACAUGGGUAAGACUACGUACAUCCGACCUCCCUUAUCCCACCGUUGAUGGGGAGCCUUUGCGGCACUGGGUGAUGAUGAUGAUAACUAGACAAAGUACCCGUGUGAUGCACGUGGUACAUCUAUCUAUAGUAGAAUAAUAACUUUUGUAAAAUAACCUUAUAUAUAAUGUGUAGUUUCGUUAGAAAAGAUUGUGGAACUCA